AUGGCCCGCUGGAUCCCCACCAAGCGGGAGAAGUACGGCGUGGCAAUCUAUAACUACGAUGCUGCCCAGGAUGUGGAAUUGUCUUUGCAGGUUGGUGACACCGUUCACAUUCUGGAGAUGUAUGAAGGUUGGUACAGAGGAUAUACUCUUCGAAAUAAGGCCAAAAAGGGUAUUUUUCCAUCUACGUAUAUUCAUCUAAAAGAAGCAACUGUUCAAGAUGGCGGACAAAAUGAGACAGUAAUUCCUAGCGAGUUGCCCUUAGUCCAGGAACUGACGUCCACUCUACGGGAAUGGGCAGUUAUCUGGCAUCAGCUCUAUGUGGAGAACCAGAAGACACUCUUGCGCCAAGUGCAGCAGAUGACCUAUAGCCUGAUUGAAUGGCGGUCCCAGAUACUUUCAGGAACCCUCCCCAAGGAUGAGCUGGCUGAACUCAAAAAGAAAGUCACAGCUAAAAUAGACUAUGGCAAUAGGAUCUUGGGACUGGACUUGGUUGUUCGAGAUGACAAUGGGAACAUCCUUGACCCAGAUGCUACCAGCACAAUAGCACUCUUUAAAGUGCACGAGACAGCAUCCAAAAGAGUCAACGAAAGGAUUCAAGAGGAAAGGUCUCUUCAGCAAGAUUUAGGCCUGCGGGGACAGUCUAUCUUCAACAGCACCCACACCUACAGUCUGUAUGUCAACGUCAAGAAUUUUGUCUGCAACAUUGGUGAGGAUGCGGAACUACUCAUGAGCCUUUAUGAUCCCGACCAGUCCUUAUUCAUUAGUGAAAACUACCUGGUUCGUUGGGGGAGCACCGGAAUGCCCAAGGAAAUUGAGAAGCUGAACAAUCUCCAGGCUGUCUUUACAGACCUCAGCAGUUCUGACUUGAUCCGACCUAGAAUCAGCCUGGUGUGUCAGAUUGUGAGAGUGGGCCACAUGGAGCUUAAAGAAGGCAAGAAGCAUACCUGUGGACUCCGGAGACCUUUCGGAGUGGCUGUGAUGGACAUAACAGACAUCAUCCAUGGGAAGGUGGACGAUGAAGAAAAGCAACACUUCAUUCCCUUUCAGCAGAUUGCCAUGGAAACAUACAUCAGACAGAGGCAGUUGAUCAUGGCACCCUUAAUAACAUCGCACGUGAUUGGAGAAAAUGAGCCCCUGACGUCGGUUUUCAACAAAGUCAUUGCUGCAAAGGAAGUGAAUCACAAAGGGCAAGGCCUCUGGGUUUCACUAAAGCUACUUCCUGGUGAUUUAGCUCAGGUUCAGAAGGACUUUUCACAUCUUGUUGACAGAUCGACAGCUGUGGCCCGCAAAAUGGGAUUCCCAGAGAUUAUUCUUCCCGGUGAUGUUCGAAAUGACAUCUAUGUCACCCUGGUCCAUGGAGAGUUCGACAAAGGGAAGAAGAAGACUCCCAAGAAUGUAGAGGUCACCAUGUCCAUCCAUGACGAAGAUGGCAAUCUUGUAGAGAAAGCUAUCCAUCCAGGGGCUGGUUAUGAAGGUAUCUCCGAAUACAAGUCAGUUGUCUACUAUCAAGUCAAGCAGCCAUGCUGGUAUGAAACUGUAAAGGUGUCCAUCGCAAUAGAAGAGGUCAGCCGCUGCCAUUUGAGGUUCACCUUCCGUCAUCGCUCAUCACAGGAAUCACGAGAUAAAUAUGAGAAGGCGUUUGGAAUGGCCUUUGUGAAGCUGAUGAAUGCAGAUGGUACUACCCUACAGGAUGGCAGGCAUAACUUAAUAGUCUACAAGGGUGAGAACAAGAAAAUGGAAGAUGCCAAAUGCUAUUUAACACUUCCUGGCACCAAAGUGGAAAUGGAGGACAGGGAUGGUCUGUCAGUCAAGCAUCAGCCUCACGUAACCAACUUUACUCCAACCAAAGACAGCACCAAGGAUAGCUUUCAGAUUGCCACUCUCAUUUGUUCUACGAAGCUGACACAGAAUGUUGACCUACUGGGGCUGCUGAAUUGGCGUUCAAACUCUCAAAACAUAGGACACAAUCUGAAGAAGCUAAUGGAAGUAGAUGGAGGAGAGAUCGUUAAGUUCUUACAAGAUACACUUGAUGCACUUUUUAAUAUAAUGAUGGAGAUGUCCGACAACGAAUCCUAUGACUUCCUUGUAUUUGAUGCGCUGGUAUUUAUUAUUUCUUUGAUUGGAGACAUCAAGUUUCAACACUUUAAUCCCGUCCUUGAAACUUACAUCUACAAGCACUUCAGUGCCACCCUGGCCUAUGUGAAGCUCACCAAGGUUCUGAACUACUAUGUAGGGAAUGCAGAAGAUGCCAGCAAAACAGAGUUGCUUUUUGCUGCUUUGAAAGCCUUGAAGUACCUCUUCCGGUUCAUCGUUCAGUCAAGGGUUCUUUACCUACGAUUUUAUGGGAAAAGCGAAGAUGGGGAUGAGUUUAAUAACGCGAUCCGCAAGCUGUUCCUCUCCUUUAACGUCCUUAUGGACAGACCUUUAGAGGAGGCUGUCAAGAUCAAGGGUGCCACUUUAAAGUAUUUACCAAAUAUCAUCAAUGACGUCAAACUGGUAUUUGAUCCGGUUGAGCUCAGCAUCCUCUUUAGCAAAUUCAUUCAAAGCAUCCCUGACAACCAGCUGGUUCGCCAGAAACUGAACUGCAUGACCAAGAUAGUUGACAGUGACCUGUUCCGUCAAGCUGAGUGCCGAGAUGUUCUUCUGCCUCUGCUUGUUGAUCAGCUAAGUGGACAGCUGGAUGAUAAUUCCAGCAAACCUGACCACGAAGCCUGUUCGCAGCUCCUCAGCAAUAUUCUUGAGGUUUUGGAUCGUAAGGAAGUGGGCCCCACUGCUGUUCACAUCCAGUUGAUUAUGGAGCGCCUGCUGAGGAGAAUAAAUCGAACGGUGAUUGGAAUGAGCAGACAGUCUCCUCACAUUGGUAGUUUUGUGGCAUGCAUGACAGCCAUCUUGAGACAGAUGGAGGAUUCCCAUUACAACCACUACAUCAGCACUUUCAAAACCAGACAAGACCUUAUUGAUUUCUUGAUGGAAACCUUCAUCAUGUUUAAGGAUCUGAUUGGAAAGAAUGUCUAUGCAAAUGACUGGAUGGUUAUGACUAUGAUGCAGAGCAGGGUUUUUCUUCGAGCCAUAAACCAGUAUACUUCUGUGCUCCACCGGUUCUUUUUGGAUCAGACAAGUUUUGAACUGCAGCUGUGGAAUAAUUACUUUCACUUGGCAGUAGCCUUUCUUACCCAUGAUUCCCUCCAGCUGGAGAACUUCUCACAUGCCAAACGGAACAAGAUGGUCAAGAAAUAUGGCGACAUGAGGAAGGACAUUGGCUUCAAAAUAAGAGAUAUGUGGUAUAACCUAGGGCCUCACAAGAUCAAGUUCAUCCCUUCUAUGGUUGGCCCAAUCCUGGAGGUGACCUUGACGCCUGAGCCUGAAUUGCGGAAGGCAACAAUCCCCAUCUUCUUUGACAUGAUGCAGUGCGAAUUCAACUUCAGUGGGAGCAGAAACUUCCAUAUGUUUGAAAAUGAGCUUAUAACCAAACUGGAUCAGGAAGUUGAAGGGGGCCGAGGAGAUGAACCAUACAAGGUUUUGCUGGAGAAACUCCUGCUGGAAAAUUGUCGAAAGCACAAAUACUUGUCAAGCUCAGGGGAGGUAUUCGCUCUGUUGGUUAGCAGUUUACUGGAGAAUCUCCUGGAUUACAGAACCAUCAUGCAUGAUGGCAGCAAAGAAAACCGCAUGAGUUGCACCGUGAACGUGCUGAAUUUUUAUAAAGAAAAAAAGAGAGAGGAUAUAUACAUCAGAUACUUGUAUAAACUCCGGGACCUGCAUAUAGACUGUGAAAACUACACUGAGGCAGCAUACACGCUUCUCCUUCAUGCAGAGUUACUCCAGUGGUCUGACAAGCCAUGUGCACCACAUCUGCUUCAGAGGGACAGCUACUAUGUCUAUUCACAGCAGGAACUCAAGGAGAAGCUCUACCAGGAAAUCAUAGCAUUCUUUGACAAAGGCAAGAUGUGGGAGAAGGCAAUCCAACUAAGCAAGGAACUGGCUGAGAUGUAUGAAAACAAAGUUUUCGAUUAUGAAGGGCUUGGCAGUCUUUUGAAGAAACGGGCCACGUUCUAUGAGAACAUUAUGAAGGCGAUGAGACCUCAACCAGAAUAUUUUGCUGUUGGGUACUACGGCCAUGGAUUCCCCUCCUUUCUCCGGAACAAGGUUUUCAUCUACCGUGGCAAGGAGUAUGAAAGGAGGGAGGACUUCAAUUUGAAACUACUGACCCAGUUUCCAAAUGCCGAGAAACUGAGCAACACCACUCCCCCACCAGAUGAGAUCAAAGCUUCCCUAAAGCAAUAUGUGCAGUGUUUCAUCGUUAAGCCUGUAAUGAACCUCCCUCCCAACUACAAGGACAAGCCUGUUCCGGAACAGAUUCUUAAUUUCUACAGAGCCAAUGAAGUGCAACAAUUUACAUAUUCCCGGCCAUUUAGGAAAGGAGAAAAAGAUCCAGAGAAUGAGUUUGCAACAAUGUGGAUAGAACGAAUCACCUACACAACUGCUUAUUCGUUCCCAGGCAUUCUCAAGUGGUUUGAAGUCAAACAGGUUACAACGGAGGAAAUCAGCCCCUUGGAGAAUGCCAUCGAAACCAUGGAGCUGACCAAUGAGAAAAUUAGCAACAGCGUUCAGCAGCAUGCCUGGGACCGGGCCCUUCCAGUGCACCCCCUUUCCAUGCUAUUGAAUGGCAUUGUGGAUCCAGCUGUCAUGGGUGGAUACACCAACUACGAGAAGGCCUUUUUCACAGAGAAAUAUAUUCAAGAGCACCCUGAAGAUCAAGAUAAGAUUGAACUGCUCAAGCAAUUGAUUGCCCUACAGAUGCCUUUGCUGGCAGAAGGCCUCAGGAUUCACGGUGAGAAGCUGACGGAGCAGCUGAAGCCUCUUCACAAUAGACUAACUUCCUGCUUCAAGGAGCUGAGAGGGAAAGUGGAGAAGCUCUAUGGUGUGAUAACUCUGCCUUCCUCACUGACUGAGAGAAAGCAGAGCAGGUCUGGAUCAGUGGUUUUGCCAUACAUCAUGUCUUCCACGUUGAGAAGGCUCUCAAUUACCUCUGUGACUUCCUCCGUCGGAUCGACAUCAUCUACCUCAUCAGACAGUACCUCCUCCAGGCCAGGAUCAGAUGGAUCCAUUCUUGAGCCUCUUAUGGAAAGGAGGAUUUCAGCAGCCUCCAGGACAGAAGAACUCUCUGCCAAAGACGAUGGUGAGAACCGGAUUAAUAAAUUCAAGCGGAAGGAAUGGAGCAUCAGCAAAUCGCAGGUCAUUGUGGAGAAGGAGCCAGAGGCUGAGCUGGCGUCCAAAAUGAAUUUGUUGGGGAAAGCAAGGCCAAAGAGUCUCCAGCUGGGGGAAAGCAGACUGACACUGCUUCAGGCUUCAUCACUCCAGCAGGACACGCCUCUCAGCCCACCACCAAUUACUCCAAAAACUCCAAGAACACAAAGUGUUCCAUCUUUGCAAGCAGAUGGAUUAGUAGUCAUGAAUGCACAGAACCCUCCACCCCCGCCUCCACCCAAGUGCAAACCCUAUGAGAACAGCAACGGGAGGAACUCCACGGAGAUUGCGCCACCAUUACCCAGCAGGCGGGAAGUCAGGCCUCCCCCUCCUCCUCCAAAAGCAAGGAAAUCCAGUGUCCUUUCUUCAGAGCAGGGACUUCAGUGAGACUUCCAUGCCAGCCUCAGCUCUCUUGCACCUUGAACAAAAUGCCUGCUGUCCUGUUUGUAAAUAUGUGCCAUGCAUGUCCCAGUGAUUUUCCUCCAGAUGAAAGGACAAAAUGAUUCCAACCUCUGCUCCAUUCUCUGCGGUUUCUUUACGCCAUGCCAAAAUACGUCAUUUAAACCACGACAGUUUCCAAGCUUCUGACUUUCCUUGUUUGCACAUUUAAGACACUCUGGUCUUCCUCACGUCAGAGCUGCAAAGCGUUCAGCUAACUCAAAACAUUUCAUAGCAUGAGCUUGGUGAUUCCGGUCCUUUGGAGUUUUCAUGCUGCCAGUAAAACAGCAGGGGUGUGAAGAAUCCUUGCGCUGCCCACCAUAGAGGUUCAGCCUGGCGUUCUAAAGAGUGUUAAGGUGGCCUUUGAUCUCUACACUGCUGCACCGGAUUUGCAUAAAGAAUUCAUACCUGCCCCAGCAAAAGAGACCUGGAAUAGAUAGGCCAUGAAUCUGCAGAGAACAAAACCAACUGCAGUUUCCUAAAAGCAACCUGCAGAGAUUUAGAAGAUGUGCUCAGUUUGGCUAAGGACUGGGGCUUGACCUGGCAACCUCCAGGUCUGAGUUUUGGACUCGGUCUGGUGAGCU